AUGGACACCCGUCCACCGAUCGAGGCUCCGAAUGAGUCGCCUGUCCUCUCUGUGGCAUUCAAUCAAGAUGCAAGCCGCUUUGCGGUAGGCCUGCCCACGGGUUUCUGCAUAUAUCUGUCAAGAGCAUGUAAGCUGCAGAUAUCGCGGGACCUCAAGGCAGGUAUCGGCCUGGCCCAGAUGAUGGGCAACGCCAAUUACGUCGCUCUAGUCGGUGGCGGGCGUGCCCCCAAGUUUCCCCAGAACAAGGUCAUCAUCUGGGAUGACAGCAAGGGCAAGACGGCGCUCGAAAUCACCACGUUGACGGCUGUCCGGGGGGUGCAGCUCUCAAAGACACGAGUUGUCGUCGUCCUACAGAACAGCGUCCGCGUGUACGCCUUUGAGAAGCACCCGAAGCCUCUCGCCAUAUACGAGACGGCAGACAACCUUCAAGGGCUCUGCUGUUUGUCAGACAGAUACCUCGUGUUUCCUGGUCGGAUACUCGGACAAGUGCAAGUGGUUCAUCUGGAGACAGACAGCGUCAGCAUCAUCCCAGCACACAAUUCGAGCUUGAAAGCGUUGCAGCUCAGUACAGACGGCGAGCUGCUGGCGACCGCUAGCGAGAAGGGUACCAUAAUCAGGAUAUACUCAACAAGCAGCUGUGCGCGCAUCGCCGAGCGCCGGAGGGGAACAGACUCGGCCACCAUCUUCUCCCUACGCUUCAGUCCCUCUGGCUCCAUGCUCGCGUGCACCUCGGACAAGGGCAACUUGCACAUCUUUGACGUCCCCAUUGCCGGCCAGCGGCGCCCCUCAUCAUCGUCACCGCAACCGCCAGGCUCACCAGGUCGCGCACAACAGCUGCAACCGCAAUCAGGAUCGGCGGCCGGAGGUGCUGCUGCUAUAUCCCCACUAGGGACCAGCCCCGGCGAGACGAGGACGAGCAAAUGGGGUUUCCUGUCGAGUAUUCCCUUCGGGCCCUUCGCAGACGUGUACUCGUUCGCCUCGGCACCGUUCGAUUCCGGGCAAGAACCCAUGAGCGGACAGGGCGGCGGCGGCGGCGGUACAACUCUGAUUGCCGGAGGAGGUCCAUCAGGGACUACGGGCGGCGGAAAUAGCCCGUUCAGUGGACAUGACCACAAUGCCGUGCUGGGUACCACGGCGAGACCGAUGAAGGGCAUCAUAGGCUGGCUCGAUGAGCGUACGCUCGCCGUGGUCGGCGCAGGCGUGGACGCGCGGUGGGAGAAGUUCCUCAUUGUCGAGAGCUCUGAGGGCAGCGGCGGCGGCGGCGGCGGGGGACUGGCGCUGGUGCGAGAAGGAUGGAAGAGGUACAUGAGUUCGUGA